GACUAAAAUCUUAAUUCCGCUACAAACAGUAAAUAAAUGAUUGGUAUGCAGAAGAUCGAGUAUGUGACGAUGGAAUUACAAUUUAAUUCAUUUUGAUAUGUAUUUUACAAGGAUAUGUAUUUGACAAAGAUUUAAUUAUUUGCAAGAAGUAGAAAAAGAAUAAGUUUCAUCGAGAUUAUCGGUCACUUAUAUGUCUAUGGGUUCACCAAUCCCGCAAUCUGCCGAUUUACUUUGUCAUCAGAAUUGCCAAUAGCAAGAUUUCAAAAAUCACUGGUUUGCAGCCAGCCUCGCUUUCGAAACGUCGCUGCUCCACCUGCGCCGUGGCGUAUUGUGUACGAAACUGCAGAUAUGGAGCAAAUAAGAGAGUCGCCCCAAACGCACUCUUACUCUCUUGAAGGCUUCGUUCCGCUUCUCAGUCUCACUGAGGCAUGCGGCGCGCUUCUUAUAGUCUUGGUGGCUGUGUGGACGGGUUACUAUAGAAACGGUUUCUCAUGGAGAUCUAUUCCUGAGCUCGAAUUUAACUGGCAUCCUCUAUUAAUGAUUAUAGGGCUCGUAUUCUUAUAUGCCAAUGCUAUGCUCCUCUACAGGACGCAAAGGAAUGUUCGCAAACGGCGACUAAAGUUAAUUCACGCAGGAAUGAUGUUGUUUAUUGUGUUGUUAACAGUGAUCGCUUUAGUGGCCGUUUUUGACUUCCACAAUCUAGCUGAUCCAGCUAUACCGAAUAUGUAUUCCCUGCACAGCUGGGUCGGAUUGACCACCGUGAUAUUAUUCUGUUGUCAGUGGGCUGCUGGAUGUGUCUCGUUCCUCUUUCCCGGGUUGCAGGCUCCAUUACGGGCUUCUUACAUGCCAAUGCACGUAUAUUUCGGCAUUGCAGCCUUCGUAUGCGCGAUUGCCUCGUGCUUGUUGGGACUCAAUGAAAAAGCGAUCUUCGUAUUAAAGGAUAGGUAUUCAGCAUUCGUGAGCGAGGGAAUGCUGAUAAACUUCAUAGGAUUGCUGCUCAUAUCGUUUGGAGGCUUGUCCGUAUACUUGGUUACGCAGGAACGUUACCGGCGUAUACCGAGACCCGAGGAUGAAGUCCUGUUAUCCGGCUAAUGUAUAAAUUGUGAUGCGUAUUGCCAGAUUCGUUCGUCGAUGUAAGAAUAUUGCUGUUCCAAACUCUACUUAAUAAGUAUUUACUUGAUAAGUAUUUACUACAGGUUUCUUAUUGUAAAUCUUGUGUUAACUUUAUGAAUAAGGCUGAUCCAAUUGAUUGAAGCACAUGUGCAAAAGAAGUAAGAAAAAAUAGCCGUGUUUCAAUAGCCUGACAAAGCUGCUCGCCGAGCGAUGGAAUGUGAUUUAUUGGAUAUAUAAAUAAGAAAUAAUAAGAACUAAAUGUUCAAUCGUUCAUAUUCAAUCGCUGUUACAGGCUAGCUGCUUUGUCUGGUUUGAACACACAAUGUUUAAUCAAUAUUUAAUUGAUUUUUAUUAUUAUAUUCUAGUCUCAAUGUAGUAUUUUUUAUUGGUUUUUUUAUAUUUUCUUAACAGAUAAAAAAUAUAUAUAUCUAUGUUUACAAGUUAAUAUUUAUAUGGUAGUUCACACAGAGAAACAGUCAGUUUUCUGGGAACUAUGGGUGCUACGUACACAGGAUAUACAUUACAUAUAAUUAUGUUACGCACAUGCGCGCGCAAAGAUACGUAUAUUUUGUAAUUUAUAUUUUUAAAUAAUUCAAUUGAUAAUUUGUAAAUGUAAUAUACAUAUCUAAAUGUAAUACAUCAAUAUAUGAGAUCUCAUCAUAAGAGC